AACACAGCAUUUAAAGAGAAGAUAACCGAAAUUUGCUUUUAAAAAAUUAGUCGCUCUUCUACACCUUAUUUUCGACAGAAUACGAAAAAUGUCGUCGGUUUCCUUUUCUCAAGUUGUCGAUGGUUUCCAACUUCCAGGAGUGUUUUCGCCGGAUAUUUUUCGUGCUGCUACCAAAUACAAACCGCGACCAGAUGACCUUUUCUUGGUGACCUAUCCUAAAUGUGGAACCACUUGGACAGGACAGAUACUUAUCCUAAUACUGCAGAAGGGAGAGCCUCUCAAAAAUGCAUCAGAUUUGCAUGCAAAAGCUCCGUUUUUAGAAAUGUCAGGUGUCGAUUUCGUCGAGAAAAUGAUGAGGCCAGGUCCUAUCAAAACUCAUUUACCGUUUCACCUGACUCCUUUUUCGAAAGAUGCUAAAUACAUAUACGUAACAAGAAAUCCGAAGGACUGCUGUGUUUCAUUCUACCAUCAUAUGAGAAAUUCACCCGGGUUCAAGUUCAAUGGAACCUUCGAUGAAUUCUUUGAGCUUUUCAUAUCAGGGAAGAUUGAUUUUGGAGAUUAUUUCGACAACUUAUUGUCUUGGUACCCUCACAGGUUUGAACCUUACUUCUCUCUGGCAUUUCUUUGUUUUUUUUUUUUUUUAUUUUUUUAAACCCGGAUAUCGUAU